AUGGCCGCCGCCCCUGCUUGCAACGUAGCAGCGGUGUGCUGUAGAUGUAGAAAGGGCGCAGCGCCCAAGACAGGAUGCAGCGUGGCAUUUCAGUGUAAAUGCGCUGAUAGCAGCGGCAGCUGCAGCAAGCGACCAGUGACGCCAGGAUCAAUCGACAAUCUCGUCGGAGCUGCUGCUACUCGACCCGGACGUCACGCUCAUGCUCUGGCGCGCGGUAUGGACCAACCUAUAGAUGCCAAAUGCGACGAGGGCGAGCACGAUGAAGAGAAUGAUGACGAUGAUGGCGAUGACAUCGUUUUGUUUGACCAUGGCUGCGGUUGCAGUGCGGGGGCUUUCCCGUCACGAUCUGACACCAGCGAGGAGGGCCUGAACGGGGAAUGGAGGUGU